CAAAGCCUCAGAGCAACUCCAUUAAUUUUUUCAACUGGGAGCUUGUCAAAUACAUCGGACAAUCUCUAAUUGCGAUCGCCAACAUGAACGGCGACAGCUACUCAUCAAGAGAUACUGGUCGCCAUGGCUCAUCCAGAGAUUAUCCUUCCUCGCGUGAUGAUCGUCGGGACAGAGGUGAUCGCGACAGGCGGCGUUCGAGAUCUCCCGGACAUCGAGGCUCACGACCGUCUCGCCGCGACGGCGACGUAGAUUCCUACUCUAGCAGCCGCGAUUACAGAGAGCGAGAACGAGAGGACAGAUACUCUGGCAGAGAUCGAAGAGGAGGUGGUGAUAGAGAAUGGGACCGAGACCGUGGGAAUUCCAGGCGCGAAGCUCGACGGGAUGAUGACCGGCCACAAAGAAGAGACCGGGACCUAUUUGACGACCGGAGAGGCGGUGGUGGAGGACGACGAGGUGGUAGAGGAGGCGACAGAGACAGAGGCGAUCGCAAUGACCACGACGAGUUUGCAGCGCAACGCAAGAAAAGUCCAACCCCUCCACCCAAGAAGAAGGAGCCUACCCCGGAUCUGACAGAUGUGGUACCUAUCCUUGAGCGCAAGAGACGUUUGACUCAAUGGGAUAUCAAGCCACCUGGUUAUGAAAAUGUUACCGCUGAGCAGGCAAAGCUAUCCGGAAUGUUCCCACUCCCUGGAGCUCCAAGACAACAACCCAUGGAUCCUAGCAAAUUACAGGCUUUCAUGGCCCAACCCAGUGGCUCAGUAACAAAUGCAGCUCUCAAGCCAUCCAACUCUCGGCAAGCAAAGCGUCUUCUCGUCCAUAAUCUCCCUACAUCUGUUACUGAAGAGUCGGUGGUCAACUUCUUCAAUUUACAGCUGAACGGUUUGAAUAUCACGGAAGGCUCUGAUCCAUGUAUCACAGCACAGAUUUCGAAGGACAGGUCAUUCGCAUUACUCGAAUUCAAGCUACCUCUUGAUGCUACCAUGGCUCUUGCGCUUGACGGAAUCACCAUGGAGGAUGAACACAUGAAUGGAGCAGCAAAUGGUGAUACCAAAGGUCUUUCGAUUCGCCGACCAAAAGACUAUAUUGUUCCUGCAGUUACUGACGAAACUCCAUACGAGCCUGGAGUUGUCUCAAACGUAGUCGUGGAUACGCAGAACAAGAUCUGCAUAUCUAAUAUUCCUCUUUAUCUCACUGAUGAGCAGGUAACUGAACUAUUGGUCUCAUUCGGAGAGCUGAAGGCGUUUGUACUGGUAAAGGAUAAUGGCACUGAAGAGUCACGGGGGAUCGCUUUCUGUGAAUACUCUGACCCUGCGGCAACUGAUAUCGCUGUAGAAGGACUCAACGGUAUGGAGCUUGGAGACAAGCAUCUCAAGGUACAAAGAGCAAGUAUCGGACACACCCAAGUCUCUGGCCUUGAGAUGGGAGUCAAUGCUAUGUCUAUGCUUGCUGGUACUACUUCGACAGGACUGGAGGACGGUCGUGUACUCCAACUGCUGAACAUGGUUACCGCUGAGGAACUGAUUGACAAUGAUGAUUACGAUGAAAUCUGCGAAGACGUGAAGGAAGAGUGCGAAAAGUAUGGCAGAGUCUUGGAUAUGAAAGUACCAAGACCAAGUGGAGGCAGCAGGCAAUCCAAUGGCGUUGGAAAGAUCUUCGUCAAAUUUGAUACUCCCGAAUCCGCAGGCAAAGCACUUCGUGCUCUAGCAGGCAGAAAAUUUGCAGACCGUACUGUGGUCACAACCUACUUCUCUGAGGAAAACUUCGAAGUUUCUGCUUGGUAAAUUGCUCCAGCUACUACGAUAUACCCCGACGCAUUCAAAUGGAGGCAGCGAAUGGUUCUGGAGCUUGAUUGGCGGCCAAGGCAAGUCUCACACGUUUCGGAUUCAAAAUCCCAUUCUGUACUUUUAGUAUUGCCAAUUGGCACACAUACGGCGUAAAUCAAAAAGCAAUUUGAACCUGGCCUAAAGGAUGUGUUUGCAAUAUGCAUUUGAAAUCAAUUUGCGGCUUGCGUAAGACUGCGACUUUGGUGGGCUCUUCUUCGUGUCCACUUUAA